AUGUAAUCAUUAAAUAGUUCCUCAAGAGGUAUAAAUUUAAUAAUACUAAUACAGUAUCAAUAAAAUUGAUUCUGCAAAUUAAAUCACUGUCAACUAAUUAUGAAAAAACUUAUACUAAUACAGAGGCCAGAAUCAAAAUUUAUAAAUUAUAGGAAAUAUUGAAUUACUCAUAAAUAGAUUAAUAAGGGAAGCUGAUUACAAUAAAAUCUACAUUUACUAUAAAUGCAUUAUAAGAAAAAACGAAGUUAUAGAUCUUUAUUGAAUCAUUUAUUUUUGGUUAUCCAAAAUUCCCAUUACUUAACUACAUAAUUUUUUUUGUUGAUUGCUUCUAUUUAAUAAUAAGUCAUAGGUUUUUAUAAUUAAUUAUAUUUGGGAUUGUAAAUAGUCUUCUGUUUUUUAUAUCAUUUUAUGAUACAUUUAUUAACAGAAUUAAUUUAUAUUUAGGAUGAGUAAUUAGAGCCAGGCCAUUCAAUAAAACUUUUAACAAAGUAAAAAUGUCCUUCUGAUGGAAUAAUAGUUGGAACCAAUUGGGUUUCUGAGAAUAUUCCAAUUUAAUAGAUAAUAGGAGGAUAAACAAUAACAUGUAGAGCAUGAAUUGCAAAUUUUAGUAUCGCAAAAUAAGUUAAAGAAAAAUUAGAUUUUGAUUUUGAAGAUAAAAAAAGUUCGUGUUAGUAUGAAAAUGGAAACAUGA